AUGGGAAUAAAUGGCCUAUUACAGCAAUUGAAAAGCAUAUCAAGGCCCACGCAUGUGAGCUCAUACCGUGGACAGAAGGUGGCCAUAGAUGGUUACUCGUGGCUCCACAAGGGUGCUUACAGUUGCAGCCGCGAGCUAUGCGAAGGAAUCUGGGCCGAUGGAUAUACCAGGUACUUUAUUUCGCGAAUCGACAUGCUCCUGGGCAACGGAGUCAUUCCUAUCGUCGUUUUCGACGGGUGCCGCCUCCCCAUGAAGGCUGACGAGGAGGAUAGCCGUAGAAGGAGCCGGCGAGAGGCCCUAGAGCGCGCCCGGACCCACUCCGCCUCGGGCAACAUGGCUGCGGCCACGGAGUGCUACCAGCGGGCUGUGGACAUUGCGCCGUGGAUGGCCAAGGUCGUCAUGGAGGCCCUCCGCGAACGCCAGGUGACGUGCCUGGUGGCGCCGUACGAAGCCGACGCGCAGAUGUCGUACUUGGCGCUGCGUGGCGACGUGCAUGCUGUGCUGACAGAGGACAGUGACAUGUUGGCGUACGGCUGCCCCCGGGUGCUGUACAAGUUGGACCGCGGUGGUUCGGGGGAGGAGGUGAUGCUGUCGGAUCUUCCUUUGGUUCGGGAAAUCAACAUGGCGGGUUUCAACCACGACAUGCUGCUGCAGAUGUGCAUCCUGGCGGGCUGUGACUUCUUGCCCAACAUACCUGGGGUGGGCAUCAAGAAGGCGCAUGCCAUGAUCCGCAAGCACCGAGAUUUCGUCAAGGUCGUCCGCAACCUGCAUUUCAACGGCACCUCUCCGCCUCCUGGCUACGAGAUCCGCUUCCAGCGUACCCUCUGGCUCUUCCGCCACCAGCGGGUUUUUUGUCCCAUCGCGCGUGCGCUGACGCACCUGCGUCCGCUGCCGCCUGGCGGCUUGGGCGCCGCAGAUGUUCUGGUGCUGGCGGCGUUGCCGCCUGAGGGCCCGGAGCGCGAGGCGCUUCAUUUCCUUGGGCCGCCCAUGGCAGCCGAGGUGGCGACUGGGAUUGCGAUGGGUGGGUGCAGGGUUGUGCGGUGCCGUGCCGUGUGA